CUCUCAGGAAAGCCCGGCGGCAGGAGCAGUUGGUCAGCAAGCGGCUCCUGCGGGAGGACACUGCAGCAGAGGAAGGAGGACAGGAUGGAGCAGAGACCGUGGUGGACCCUCUCUCAGAGGAUGAGGUUCUUGAGCUGCUCAGAGGUGUGCAGAGGGGUUCAGAGGACAGGAGAGGAUCGCUGAGCCGCCUGCGCUGGGCUCUGCAGAACAAGGAGACUCAGCAGAAGUUUGUCAGGCUGGACGGCAGCAUCCGGACGCUCAUCGGGCUCUUCACCGGCAGCCUGGCUGACGUGCAGAUGGAGGCUGCCCGCUGCCUCCACGAGCUCUCCCACUCCAGUGACCCUGCUGUGGCUGAGGCGUGUCUGCCGGUCACCUCCUAUCUCCUCACCUACCUCUCGGGACACAGCGUUGAGUUCACGGAGCUGUGUUUGUACACAUUGGGGAACCUGGUUGUGGAAAGCGAAGCCGUGAGGAAACAGCUUCUGCCUCAGGGUAUCAUUCCAGUGCUGGCAUCCUGCAUCCAGUCCCCGCACGAGGCUGUGCUGGAAGGCCUGGGCUACGUCCUCUCGCAGCUCCUCCAAGCCAAGGAAGCCCCCGCAGAGAUCGUACCCUUGGUUCUGGACUCGGUUCUCCCCCAGCACAUGCUUCGAUUGGUUUGCUCCAGCCUCAAGGCUGGGAUGGGAGCAGCCGUGGAGUUCGCGUGGUGUCUCCACUACAUCAUUUGCAGCCACACAGCCAGCGCGGCACUGCAGGCGCUGGGGGCCGUGCCCGCCCUCAGCUCGCUCUUGCUCGAGUUGGCUUCCGAAAUCCCCCAGGACGUUCCCGAGGGCCUGGAGCUGCUCGUCUGCCCGGUGCUGCGGUGUCUCAGCAACCUGCUCGCGGAGGAGAUGGGCUGGGGAGCCCAGGUCCAGGACGAGCGCUUGCUCAUUGCCCUCUUCCUCAUCCUGCAGCGCUUCCUGCAGCAGCACCCGUUCAUGGUUCAGGAGUGCCUCUGGCUGCUGAACAACCUCACGGCGGAUGAGCCCUUCUUCUGCUCCGCUCUGCUCUCCCUGGACCUGCUCCCGGCCCUGCUGCAGCUCCUGCCGUGCUCCCAGAUGGCCACCGUGCUGGUCCUGACGGUUCUGUGCAACAUCGCGGAGAAGGGGCCAAGGUAUUGCCAGGAGCUGCACCGGCAGCUGGCCCUGCCCCUGCUGCUGCCCACCCUGGCGCCGGCCGACCCCGAAGUGGUGGGGCAGUGCCUGGAGCUGCUGCACCUCCUCUUCCUGCACUGGCCAGAGGCCGCUGCUGAUUUUGUCAGCCAAGGCGGGCACCGGGCCCUGGAGCAGCACCUGAACACCCCAGAACUCCAGGAGCAGGCACAAGCGCUGCUGGACAUGGUCAGGUAG